AUAGUCCCCAAAGCAUUGUGUGGAUGGGAAGGCACUCCCUGCGCAGUCCCGUUUUGGAGGUGUAGGUGCCAACACUCAACAGUGUGAAGCAAUGCAGCAUCACCCUUUCCCCACACAGCAGAUCCAGUGUGUGCCUGGAAAGAUGUUGGCUGUGGGAGGAUGUGGAGGAAACACGAUGGGGAGGGACUCAUUGCACAAAGUUCCUGAGGGAAGGGUGUGCAAGAGGAGCAUGUGGUGGUUAUGAAAGGUGGAGUGGGUGGGGACCAAGGAGGAAGAGACAGGAAGUAAGGGAGAGGGAAGCAGAAUUAAACCCCAGAGCAUGUGGAAGGGUUUAAAAUGGAAGCAGUUGAUGGUGGAGGUGUGAGUGGGGCAGUGGGGAGGAGGACACUAUGGGGAGGCAGGGUUGUUUGGGAGUUACCGAUUGGAAAACCCCUGCUCAUGUCCUGCUGUCUGUGUUCUGUCCUGUCCUAGGGCACUAAAUGAGAAUAUGGCCAAUGGCAUUGAAGAUCUUAUUGGGAUCCCAUUCCCAAACCACAGCAGCGAGGUCCUAUGUGGUCUAAAUGAACAGAGACACGAUGGUCUCCUCUGCGAUGUCAUCCUCAUCGUCCAGGACCAGGAGUACCGGACCCACCGCUCUGUCCUUGCUGCCUGCAGCAAGUACUUCAAAAAACUCUUCACUACCGGCACUUUAACUGACCAGCCCUAUGUUUACGAGAUUGACUUUGUCAAGCCUGAAGCACUUUCUGCUAUCCUCGAGUUUGCCUACACCUCAACCCUCACCAUCACCACCUCCAACGUCAAGCACAUCCUCAGCGCUGCCAAGAUGCUGGAGAUCCAGUGCAUCAUUAACGUCUGCCUGGAAAUCAUGGAGCCCAGCAGAGGGGAGGAGGAGGAAGAUGACAAAGAGGACGAAGAUGACGACGAAGACGAAGAUGAAGAUGAGGAGGAAGAGGAGGAGGAGGAAGAAGAAGUGGAAGAUUUUGUCAAUCAGGAGAACCUGGCUGAUGGCCAAGAAGUAAGCUGUCACCAAAGUCCUUCCAAGUCUGAUCUUACUGAAGAAGCAUUUACUGAAGCACCUAAAGACUUUCCAAAUCACUACCCGGCCAACAACUCCUCUGGGCACCUGGGCGUGAUACGAGACUUUUCCAUCGAGUCCUUGCUGAGGGAAAACUUGUACCCCAAGGCAAACAUCCCAGAAAGGAGGCCUGCCCUCUCUCCUUUUGCCCCUCCCUUCUUCCCCCAUCUGUGGAAUGGUGAUUUUAGCAGCUUUCCCCAACUCGAAGAACCGCAGAUUGACAAUGGCCCCUUGGAUCUGGUGAUCAAAAAGAGGAAGAUCAAGGAAGAGGAGGAGAAGGAAGAGCUGCCUCCGCCUCCUUUCCCUAAUGACUUCUUCAAGGACAUGUUUACCAACACCCCAGCAGCUCCCUUAGGGCACAUUAAGGCAGAGACCGACUACAGCGCUUAUCUCAAUUUCCUCAGCGCUACCCAAUUCGCAGGAGUUUUUCCUCCAUGGCCCCUGGAGGAAGAGAGGAAGAUAAAGCCCAAGGCAUCCCAGCAGUGUCCCAUCUGCAACAAAGUCAUCAUGGGGGCUGGGAAGCUGCCCCGACACAUGAGGACCCACACAGGGGAGAAGCCGUAUAUGUGCAGUAUCUGUGAGGUCCGCUUUACCAGGCAGGACAAGCUCAAAAUCCACAUGCGGAAGCACACGGGAGAGCGACCCUACCUGUGCAUCCACUGCAACGCCAAAUUCGUCCACAACUACGACCUGAAGAACCACAUGCGCAUCCACACGGGCGUCCGGCCCUACCAGUGUGAGUUCUGCUACAAGAGCUUCACCCGCUCCGAUCACCUCCACCGCCACGUCAAGCGGCAGAGCUGCCGGAUGGCGCGGCCGCGCCGGGGCCGCAAGCCAGCAGCAUGGCGGGCGGCGGGCUUGCUCUUCGGUCCCAGCGGCCCACCGGUGGAGAAGGCCUUCAUGGUGCCGCCAGCGCUGGAGGAAGUAGGCGGCCUUCCCAUGUGCCUUCCCGGCCCCAGCCCCGAGCACUUUCUGAGCGGGACGAAGGCGGCGUUCAGCCUGCAGGAGCUGGAGGACACCCAGAGGAAGCUGCUGCGGCGAGCACAGCUGGACAUGGAGCGGAACGCGGGCAUCUUCGCCUUCGCCCUCGGCCACGGCGACAACCUGGCGGCCCAACCCUUCUUCCCGCUGGCCGACCCGUGGGGCACGGGGUUCAACGGCCUGGCGGGGCUGGGCCACGUGGCACCCAUCUCUGAGGCCACCAACUAGCCCACGGUGGGGCCGCUGCCUUCCUCCCCGCCAGACUCUGCCGCGCGCUCGGGGUUGGCUCACCCAAUGUUGGUGGCUCCGUCCAAGGCUGCUGUUGUCCUCAACGCUCCCAAAAUGUCACUUGCCUUAGCGUGGGGCAUGGCCAUCCCAGGGACUCUCUGUUUGGGGGACACUGGAUGCCCAUGAGCAUUCUAGACUUGGGUUUGGUAUGUUACAUUCCUUGGCCGUUUGGGUCAAAAGGACUUUUGGGAGGUGUCGGUUGUUUUUUUUUUCUUUUGUUGUUGUUGUUGUUGUUUUUUGUGGUUUUGGUUUUUUUUUAGUUAAUUCCUAACUCUGGCAACAAAACUAGUUCU